UAGUGAAUUAUUAUAACAAAAUAAAAAAAAUCCAAGAUCUUCCACAAUGACCAUUAUAAAUACCAGCUGACCCAAGCAUAUCUACAAAUACAACCUAAGCCUUUCUCAUUCCAAAAACAAACACUUCAUUUAUUACUAAGUUUUCUUGAUCAACCGCAAAUGGAGAGAAUAAGAGAUCUGUCGUCGAAGACAGCAGCAGUAAUAUUCACUAAGAGCUCUUGCUGUAUGUGCCAUAGCAUCAAGACGUUAUUCUACGAACUAGGAGCUAGUCCAGCGAUCCACGAGCUCGAUAAGGACUCCGAAGGCCGUGAAAUGGAGCGGGCCCUGCGUGCGCUCGGCUCAUCAAACCCAGCAGUUCCAGCUGUUUUUGUCGGAGGAAGGUAUAUCGGAUCAGCCAAAGACAUCAUCUCGUUCCACGUCGACGGGUCGCUCAAACAAAUGCUUAAAGACGCAAAGGCCAUAUGGCUAUAGCGUUCUAACAGUUACAUGUAUGUAUAUAUGCAUGUAUACAUAUAUAUAUAUAUAUGAUGUCAAUAAUCAAUGUGUAAAACAUAUAUCAUAUAGAUAAUCGGGAGGAAGCAUAGAUGUAUUAAAAUGCUGGGCUUCCUUCGCAUGGAGGUGAUUUAUAAUAAGUUAUAUACAUUUAUAGAUGUAUAUAUGCAUCUUGACUUGCAUUGUACGGAGGAAAAGACAAGUGUACUUUUAAGCAACUGUUGUAACACUAGUGUUUAAGUUCCACGGUAAAGAUAAACAAAAAUGUAAAAUCAUAUGAUUAAAUGCGUCAUUUUGUUGAAA